CACUGUCUCUAGAAGCAACAUUGUCACAAGAACUGUGAGUCAGGAGCUUCAUUAAAUGGGUUUCUAUGGCCAACCAGCUGCACACAAGCAUAAGAUCACUAUGUGCAAUUCCAAGCGUCGGCAGGAGUAGUACAAAGCGUGCUGCCACUGGACUCUGGGGCUGUGGCAACUUGUUCUCUGGAGUGAUGAAUUCACUGUCUGGUAGACUGAUGAAUUAAUCUGGGUUUGUCAAACGCCAGAAGAAUGCUAUCUACUGGAAUGCACACAAUGGCAUUUUAUACAAUUAUAUGCUUCCAAUGAGAACAAUCCUUUCCUGUUCCAUCAUAUCUGUACCUCUGCGCACAAAGAAAAGUCAAUAAAGACAUAGCUUGAUGUGUUUGGUGUGGAGAAAAUCCAUUAGCCUGCACAGAGCCCUGAUCUCAACCCCACUGAACACCUUUAGGAUGAUCUGGAAUGCCGAUUGCAAGCCUGGCCUUCUCACACUCCAAAAUCUUGUGGAAACCUGGAAGAGUGAGUGCAACUCCACAUUAAUGCCUAUGCUUUUGGAAUGAGAUGCCCAAAAAGCGAAAGCGAUUAGCAUAUCAUGUAGUGUAUGAGUCGGUAUGUUUCUCUACAAUGCACCAUUUCUCACUGAAACACUCUAAAUGACUUUGUUUUCAUUACAAUGUUUGAAUGAUGCACUCAUUUAGAAAAUGUAUGGUGGAAUUCCCCUUGAAGUAUAACAUUACUUGUAUUCUCAGACAUUAAUGUGACUGUGAGCACUCCUAGCUGUGAGGUGAAGCUGAAUUUACAUGAAGUUGAACAUUUCCAAAGGACAGCCACAGCUCCACCUCCAGCCUAUCUGGGACAGAUAUGUGGCACUAACUGCCUGGAAUAUUUGCAUAGUGUGUGCAGUGAUGUGGAGAGAAUGGAAGUAUGUGAAGGACUACAUAUCUCAAAGUGGCCUCUGUUUGACUUCAUGGCUGUUAUUAAUCCUCUGUCUUAUUUCCAGCCUGGCAUCAGGUGAUGAAAUCAAAUGCUCGGAAUUCCUCCAUCUUGAUCCACCUUCACCCACUAUACAGCUGCUGCAGUUCACAACACAGAGCCAUUGUGGUUGUCCAUUCAGCGUCCACAGUGGUCUCCCACGACAUGUGUGGGAACCUGAUAGGGCCACUGUCAUGAUUGUCCCUGGGAAAAGACAAGCUACAGUUCAGCCCAGCUGGGUGAGGACUAUGGCCCAGGAGCUGCUAGCUAGAGGCCAAGAGAAUGUACUUGCUGUGGACUGGCUGAUCCUACCUGACAUGGAGCUGACUGAAGCAGCUGAGCAGAUCGGGAGAAAGCUGUCUCAAAUCAUCCAGCGACUCCUGAUUAUAGGGUCAGCCCCAGAUAUGUUUCACUUAAUUGGCUUUGGAGUUGGAGCACACAUUGCUGGCACAGCUGGCUACAACCUGAAUGGAGCUAUUGGAAGAAUAACAGGCCUCGAUCCUUUUGCACCUGUGUUCUCAGAAGCAAACAAUUCUGUCUACCUAGAUUACAAUGACGGACAGUAUGUCGACGUGAUCCAUAGUAAUUUCAAUCCUACUGAGCCUAUGCCUGCCCUUGGUUUCUCCAGCCCUCUUGGCCAUGUUGAUUUCUACAUUGGCACUGGAUUUCAGUUACCAGGCUGUCCCAGAGGCCUCUUUAACAGGGAAGAAUACCUGCUGUGCAGCCAUCAUCGCGCUCACCAGAUUUAUACCAGCUCCAUCCAGGCAUCCUGUCAUCAUUUAGCCUUCCCCUGCCAGUCAGUGGCAGAUUUUCAGCAAGCAAAGUGUACAUUCUGUUCUUCGCCUGGUCUUAACUCCUGCCCAGAAAUGGGCUAUGACAUCACUUGGCUGCCUUCCAGUCGUCCACUUCCAUUUCAACCCAUGGCUGCAUUCUUGACCGUUACAUCUGCUCCCCCUUACUGCGUCACUCCUCUCUUGUUGGAGCUGAAUCUUGGAGGGAUUCUCUCAAUAGAGGCCAAGCUCUACAUCCAGCUUAUGGGGAAUGCUAUCAAGACAUCAACCGUGUUGGUGUCAGGGCAUCAUAUGACAGAGUUUGCUGCAAAUAAGGUCUAUCAGUUCAUGAUAUCAGCAGACAGUGAUGGCGAUUUUCAUACCGUUUCACUCGAGUUCAGCACUCAGAGGUUGCUUUACCUCAAGUGGAGAAAAAGGAGGAUUUCAAUUCAUCAUCUUUUGCUGUCCUACCUGCCCAAAGACAGAAAGAUUGCUUACCAAGCAUGGAAUGUAACAGCAGUAGAAAACCAAAGAGUUGAAGUUGUCCUACAGAAGAUUUGGGUGUAG